UAUGGCGAUCAGUUGGUGCGCGAACGUGCUUAGAGAAACUAUACAUUGUUGUUACAUUCGGGAAAUAAAUUGUGUGACAAAUAGUUUACAGAUAAAUAUUUUUCUUUGAAGUAAAUUACUUUUAAUAUAAAAUUGUGAAAAAUGCCUGCCAAGAAGUAUUUGGUAUCGGACAUUGUGAAUCCCGAUCUCGAAAUGGAACGCCACGGUGCUAGUUUUCGUGUCGACGAAUUUGCGCGUUGGUGGCAUGGUGGAGCAGAGAAAUUACGUUUCAAAAGAGAAUUGGGUAAUGAGUGUUUUAGUUGUUUUAAUUUUCAUAUUUCAAAAAUGCUGAACUUUGAGCGUGUUUUAUACCUAUGUUGAACUGUAUGAACAUACUUUCACCUUUCAAUGAUCAGUAAUAAUGCGAGUCACUGCAAAAAUAGGCAACUGUGCGCAGAUGAUGAAUCCAAAGUUCAAUAAAUCGGAUAUCAAUUUUAGUUAAUGUGCUUGCGUAUUUUAACUCGUGACUUUUUUUGUUUUUUGUUUAUGUGGUGUUACAAUGAACUUCAUGAAUAGUGAUAUGAUAUGGUCUUAUCUUUGAUAAUAUGAACAAGACAUCUUCAACGAUAUGACCGAGCACAAUACACUUUUUCUCUAUAAAUCACAUGAAGAGAUCUCCGAGUUGGCGUUAAAGCAAUCUUUUGAUGUGGCGAAAAAGUUGCGCACCAUACAAAAACGGGUUAACCCUGGCGGCAAUGAUAUAUGGCCUAAGCUCUAUACGUCCUCCUGGAUAUGGGGUGCGAUGCCUGCUGGAAAUCCAUUUGGCGUACAGUUCUCGAUGAUGGUGGACGCAAUCAAAAUGCAAGGUACUGAUGAGCAGUGGGAACGCUUUGGCAAACGCGUUGAGAACUUCGAAAUUACGGGUACUUAUGCUCAAACUGAAUUAGGGCAUGGCACUUUCUUGCGUGGGCUAGAGACACGUGCCGAUUACGAUCGUUCUACGCAGGAGUUCGUGCUGAAUACACCGACGCUGACCGCGUACAAAUGGUGGCCGGGCGGCUUGGGUCACUGCUGUAAUUAUUGCCUGCUGGUGGCUCAGUUGUACAUUGACAAUGAGCCAAAGGGAGUACAAAUGUUUUUUGUGCAGUUGCGCGAUGAAGAAACACAUAUGCCUCUACCGGGCAUCGAUAUUGGUGAGAUCGGGCAUAAAAAGGGUUUCUAUGGCGUUAGUAACGGUUUCUUGGGGUUAAAAAAUGUGCGCAUACCACGUUCGAAUAUGAUGAUGCGAAAUGCUAAGGUACAACCGGAUGGCACAUUCGUCAAGAGUCCCAUUUCCGUGCUCACCUACUUCACCAUGGUAAUGAUGCGCUGCAUGAUAGCGGCAGAUAAUGCAUUUCUGCUUGCUAUAGCGGCUACAAUUGCAACACGCUAUUCCGCUGUGCGUCGUCAAAGUCCAAUCAAUCCGAAUGAACCCGAACCACAAAUUAUCGAUCAUGUAACACAACAAAUGAAACUCUUUCCCGAAAUUGCUACGGCAGUCGCACAUAAACUCGCCACAAAUUCCCUGUGGUCUAUGUAUCAUGAGACUUACGUGGCUAUUGAGCGUGGUGAUUACAUACGUCUACCGGAAUUACACAACUUAGCAUGCGCUCUGAAAGCACUCUGCACAGCCGAUGCAAAUGCGGGUGCCGAACGUUUACGUUUAGCUUGCGGUGGUCAUGGUUACUUGACCUCAGCCAAUUUGCAUACCAUCGUCGCGGCUGCCGCAGCUGCUUGCACCUAUGAAGGUGAGAACACCGUGCUGCUCUUGCAGGUCGGUCGCUUUCUUAUGAAAUCAUGGCGCGCAGCUAGCGAAGGUAAGCCACUCUCACCGACAGCAAGCUAUUUAGCAGCGCCGGCGCAAGGCAAAGGGUUCGACAAAUGGACGGGUGAUUGGGCAAAUAUUGUGAAUGCGAUACAAUAUGCGGCAGCGAGUAAAGUACGCUUGGCUUUUGAAAAUAUGUCACAACGUCUGAAGCAGGGUCAAACCGAAGGAGAGGCGGCCAACAAUACGGGCCUGGAGUUGACACAAGCCGCAGAGCUUCAUGGCCGCUCGUUUAUUGCCGCGACAUUCCUGGCCCAUGUUACGGGUCCUGCAGCUGCAGAACGCUCUGCUGCUUUCAAUCGAGUGCUGCAGAACCUUUUGGAACUCUAUUUGGUGCAUACAACACAACGUCAUCUGAGUGCUAUACUACAGUGCAUCAGCUUGAGCGACGCUGAAUUGCGCACGCUGCAAACUCGUCUCGAAAUAGCUUUGAAGAAACUGCGCCCAGAUGCUGUGGCAAUUGUCGAUGGCUUUGACUUUCAUGAUUGCACUUUGAGUUCCACCUUGGGUUCCUAUGCUGGUAAUGUAUACGAGAGUCUCUUUGCUCUAGCCAAACAGAGUCCGUUGAAUCAACAGCCAGUGCCAAAGUCAUUCCAUACAAUUUUAAAACCUUUUCUUAAAUCUAAUUUAUAAGUUAUUUUUUGUAAAUAUUAUUAAUGUUGAAGAUGGUUUGGGUUGAAACCGGUGUGUAUAUAUGUUUUGUAAAAAGCUUUCAAAUUAUCUUAAUAAAUCGUUUGUACUUAAAAA